AUGGCCAGCACUGACCCGAAACUCGAAUUCCUACAAAAAUUCGGCUCGACCCUACCCGACCGGAAGAAGAAUCGUGGAAUGUUCGGCCUUAGACGGUCGGGGCGUUCGUGCCGGGCCAAAGCCUUGAUCCCUGAGCGACACAUCGACAAUCUAAACAAUGCGUUCGAUGUUGCUGAGCACAAGCUUGGCAUCCCUCGUCUCUUGGAUGCCGAGGACGUGGACACCCAAAAACCCGACGAUAAAUCCAUCAUGAUUUACGUGGCAUCCUUAUUCGAAGCGUUUGGCAGCAAUGCACCUGAGAUGAAUGAGGGGAAGCAGUUUCAAACUCAGCCGAACCAUCCAUCGGACAUUAGUAACAAGAAGUUGAAUAACGCAAAUGAGACGGAGGAAGAGGGCUACCAGUGCAUAGAGAGUGUACUAAACCGAUUGGUGGAAUUGAGUCGUGAUAGGGAGGUUCUGCUGGAAGAAGAAAGAAAGAAGUUCCUUUCAGAAAAAGAAGAAGAAAACAAGGUGUGCCUGAAGGACGCCCAACAUAUAUUGGAAGGACAUGAGGAUGAAUCAGUCGACCCGACAUUGCGUCAUGAUGGAAAAAAUGGGCCUGGAAUAUCAGGAGAUGCACAAUGCCAGGAUUUGGGGUCAAAAACGGGCGGGGGCAAGCCUAUGCCUGCUCCCAGGCACGUACGAUUCCCAACCAUUUUAGCAAAAGAGGAACAUGGAGAUGCAAAUAUGGACGCACAGAAAAGGCAGAGUGAUAAGGAAACUCGGAGAGUGGAGGAGAGGGUGUCACUGGCUCAGAAGAUUACGUUAAAGUGCAAGAAGGUUGACAAUCUCAUAUAUCAACUUCCGUUUAGUGGAAAAGUAUAUGAUAGUGUGAAUCGAUUGGCCAAGUAUGAGGUCGGUGAGAAGAGACCAUAUGACGGAGUCGAGAAGGCGCUCAUGCUCGUCGGCGCCACAGGUUCAGGAAAGACUACCCUCAUCAAUGGGAUUGUUAAUUACGCAUUUGGAGCUGAUUGGAGCGAAUCUAUCCGCUACAGGCUGAUCAACGAAGAAGAAGUUCUGUCGCACCGAAAGAACCAAGCCUUCAGCCAGACUGAGGGGAUCUCUGCCUACGUCCUCCACAAGCAGCCAGAAAACAUAAUUCCCUACACUCUGACAGUGAUCGACACCCCUGGAUUUGGAGACACAGGUGGCUUGAAGAAGGAUGAGGAGUUGAGAAAUCAGAUCAAGGAGUUCUUCUCACAUGGAGGAUACUUCGGAGUGGAUCAACUUGAUGGAGUCGGGUUUGUAAUCCCAGCCUCCCAAGCGAGGCUCACUGUAACACAAAAGUACAUCUUUGACUGUAUAUUGUCACUGUUCGGGAUUGAUAUGAUGGACAGUAUUUUCGUGUUGACGACAUUUGCUGACCACGAGGAACCAAUUGUAUUAAGUGCCCUGAGGGAAGCACGCAUUCCAUUUCAUAAAUAUUUCAAGUUCAGCAACUCCGCAUUGUUCGUCGAACCAGGAGGGAUACACGAGAUAUUUGAAAAAUUACUUUGGGAAAGGAGCAUAAGUAAUUUCCAAUGUUUCUUUCAAGAUUUUCGACAGACAAAAGCUGUGAGCCUGACCCUCACGAAUGAAGUACUCAGGGAAAGGCGCCGCUUGGAAGCAGCAAUACAGGGAGUUCAAUACCAAUUUGAAGCUGCUGUGGGACGACUAGAAAAACUGAGGGAAGUACAUGCAAUAAUCAAGAUGCAUGGGAAAGACUUGGCAGAUGAUGAGAACUUCACCUACACUGUGAAAACCCGAAGGCAAAAACGGUUGAAACUGAGCUCAGGUGAAAAUGCAACGAACUGCAGCAUAUGCCAAUUGACUUGUCACUACCCCUGCUAUAAAUUUGAAGAAUAUUGCGAUGCAAUGGAACCUCCACUCAAAGUUUGUAAAGUAUGUCCCAAGAAAUGCCCAGCAAACGACCAUGUGAAGAAACCAUAUCGAUUCAUUUCAUACGAGGAAAAUGAAACAAAGACGGCUGUUAAUUUAAAGAACAAAUAUGAACAAACUCUGAAAAGGCUGGGUUCUGAAGGGAUUAUGAAAGAGAUAAUAAAGGAUUUCAAUCGGGAGAGGGCUGCAAUCCUGGGGCUGAUAAAGGAAGCACACUCAUGCAUGCAGAGACUUGUUGAAAUUGCACUGAAGCCUUGUCACUUGUGUUUCGUUGAUUACAUCGACCUUUUAAUCCAGACAGAGCGGUCUGAUGCCCGGCCGGGUCAUGCGGAGAGAAUCAAAUACCUUAUUGAUGCUCGUGAAGCAGCAAGAUUGACGGAGGUCCUCAAGGCAGACUUUGAUCCUUUUGAGGCAUAUAUGAAAGAGUUCGAAGAGGAUGGUUUCGAUAUUUCGUGCUUUAACUCAGACCACAUUGAAAGUGAAUCCAGAAAACGCCAUCGCUUCAAAAAAUGGAUGACUUUUCUACGCGAGGAACGCAAAAAGUAGGAGAUCGUCCGUGCCAAAACCAUCAAGUGCUGAAGAAUAAUGCCUAAAAGUUGUUCUUGCGAAGAUUGAAAUUACUACAUUUUCAACAUGUAAUGCUUAUGCUGGGACAUGCAAUGCCGGUGCCCCUAUUUGGUGGAAACGGAAAAAGGGGUACUGAUGCAUGCUGCUUAUAUCCAGAAUGAAUCAAUUUACAUAGUCUAAUCAUGUGGACCAAUGUAUUCAAAUCCAUUGUCGUGAAUUUAGAGUUGUAUUAUCAGCGAAAAAGGUCACUUCAUAGUUUUUUC